UCAUGUGACCUGAGAGUGUCUGCCCACCCUGCUGAUAUGCAGCAGACUCUGCUCUCUGCUCUCUGCUUGUCCUCACAGAGCGUCCUGAAGCUGACACGAGAGAACUGAUGAAUCACUCCAUCAUCCUGCUCCAGUGAAGACACAACCAUGGCCAUGAACUCCUCAUCCAUAUUAGAAUACAUUUCCUCCGUUCUCAUUCAAUCAAGAUCUCCUGCCAUCUACAAGGUGAUGACAAAGAAAGAGAGGAUUGGAAAUCUAACAAGAAUUACUCUUGGGAAAAAAGAUGUGAGCAAGUUAAACAAAACCAUCCUGCUCGUGGGCGAAACAGGAACAGGAAAAUCCACUCUGAUCAACGCCCUGGUCAACUACGCCAUGGGGGUGAAGUGGGAGGACAACGUCUGGUUUCAGAUCGUGGAGGAUAACAAGACAGGUCAAGCAGAAAACCAGUGUGAAAGUCAGACAUCAGACGUGAACGUGUACGAGAUCUUUGGCUUUGAAGGUAAAACUCUGCCCUACUCUCUGACCAUCAUCGACACUCCUGGAUACGGAGACACCGGAGGGAUUGACCAUGAUGACAUCGUCAGUCAGAGACUGUUAGAGCUGUUUGGCACAGAGGGUGGAGUUCAUGAGAUCAACGCGGUGGGUCUGGUGCUGAAAUCUACCGUGAAUCGACUUGAUGACCGACAAUGUUACAUUUUCAAUGCGGUGCUGUCUCUGUUUGGAAAAAACAUGGAGGACAGCAUUGUUGCCCUCUUAACACAUUCAAAUGGGAGACAACCUAAAAAUGCUCUCACAGCCCUUGAAGCUGCAAAAAUGAAGUGUGCUAAAGAUGCUAAGGGUCAGCCUGUUUACUUCCUGUUUGAGAACUGCCAGACAGAAGACAGAGGAGAAGAUCCAGAUUACCUUGAACAUGUUAAUGACAUAACAAUGAAAGGAAUGAGGCAGUUUGCACAGUUCCUGCAUAGGUCAGAGCCUAAAGGGCUGAAGAUGACUGUAGAUGUUUUGAAAGAGAGAAUGAGACUGAUGGCGUGCAUCAGAAACCUGAAAGAGCGAGUCGAGUUUAUUGAAAAACACCUGGAAGAAAUCCAAAGGUUUGAUGGGAGCAUGCCUAGUUUGCUCUUGUUCAUGAGGAUGUUUUCUGGAGUACACAUGGUGGAGCCAAUGAUAGAGAAACGUAAAUGGUUGGAGGAGUCCUUCCAGAGUGUCGUCAAACUGGAGCAGAUUGCCCUGAAUGCUGAUUCGCUGUACACUCAUGAACACUUGGACUUCCUGAUUAAAACGAUGGAGGAGACAAGAGACGCAGAGAAGAUCCAGAAACUGAAAGAGAUGAAGAGUCGAGUGGACGGAGUAAUCAAAGCAGGACUGCGUUACAAAGCAGCGUGUUAAUGGAGAGAGGAGACGCAGUAAAGCUGGUGAACAGCGUCACUGAGAGGAGGCGAGGGAUGGAACAUCGUCACUCUCACUGGUUAACAUCAGAGUUAACGUUUCAGUAAUGUCGGCAUGUGUUGUCUCAGCGCAGUUUGUUGAAGGCAAACACAGGCAUGAGGUGGUUAACGUGCAGGAGGACUGGAGGCUGGUGCUAGCUCUGCUAACCUUAGCCACACUCAGCAGACCUGUUGACAUGGUUUACCCACAGACUCUGAGAUCACGUGUUUAUCUUUGUGAGUUAGAUUAGUCAGCUAGCUGGAUUUUAAAUUUACUUUCAGGGACUAAGUCACCUCUGAACGUCCCUUGAGGAGGGAACACCAGGACAUGGGUUUUUGACAUGUAGAGCUCCUUAUGAAGGCCAAAAGGCUGAAUGAUAUAUCAGUAACAGGUGAAUCAUUUAAUCUAGAGUGCACAUGUUGUUUAUUGUGAGCACAAUAAUACAAAUGUAACUUUUUGGACUUCAGGGCCUCCGUAGCAUCUCGCAGAAUUGAGUUGAGAUAUCUUUAAAGUUCCUAACCAUAGACCUUUCUGGAGUCCCUGAGCUCCCUUGUCUCGUAGGUUCCUCUGGAUCUCUGCUGCUGUGGACGUGCCAGACUC